GUCCACUUCCGGAUAAAUAGAAAACCUGCCGUGUGCACGUGUGAUUGUGUAAUCUGUCUAUUUGGAUUCUUCUGAACAUAUGAAAUAACAAUGAGCUGUAAAACUCCAAAUUCGCAUGUACAGGAAAUAGGGAAUGUCUUAUCUGACCCUUCUCGACCACUGAAAGAACGAUUUAGGGCUCUUUUUACACUGAAAAAUAUAGGUGGGAAACAAGCGAUUGAUUGCAUUUCAAAUAACUUUUCAGAUUCGUCUGCUCUUCUCAAACAUGAACUAGCUUAUUGUUUAGGUCAAAUGGUAAACCCUUAUGCUGUUCCUAAACUCGUGGAGGUUUUAGAAAAUACAGAACAGGAACCUAUGGUUCGACAUGAAGCAGGUGAAGCUUUAGGAGCCAUUGGUUGUGUAGAUGCAGUUCCAAUCUUAGAAAAAUAUAAGGAUGAUAGUGUGAUAGAGGUUGCAGAAACAUGCCAGCUUGCUUUGGAAAGAAUUAAAUGGCUUCAAAGUGAAGAUAAAGAAAGAGAGAAAUUAUCGGAGAAUCCAUAUUUUUCCACUGAUCCUGCACCUCCAUCAACAAACAUGGACAUUAACAAUUUAAAAAUACAAUUACUGGAUGAAAAUGCAACGUUAUUUAACAGAUACAGAGCUAUGUUUUCACUGAGGAAUAUAGGAACAACAGAAGCUGUUCAAGCUUUGGCUCAAGGACUAAAAUGUGCAAGCGCUUUGUUCCGACAUGAAAUUGCCUACGUAUUAGGACAAAUGCAACACCAGGCAUGUGUACAAGAACUGAAAGAAAAUUUAUGUGAUGAGAAAGAGAACCCCAUGGUACGACAUGAAUGUGCUGAAGCCUUAGGGGCUAUAGCCACUGAAGAAUGUACAAAGAUUUUAGAGCAAUAUCUACAGGACAAAGAGAGAGUGGUUAAAGAAAGUUGUGUUGUUGCUCUAGACAUGUCUGAAUACGAACAGAGUAAAGAAUUUCAGUAUGCUGAUUCAUUAACUAAGUUAAAUUCAUAGAUGUCAUCAACUGGUUAGGAUUUCAACAAGCUGAUAUGAUAGGAAGAUAAUUUAUUAAGAGAUUUGUGAUCUGUCAUGGACUCUUCUGUGAAGACAACUCCUGGUUAGAACAAAUUUCCAUUUACACUUAGUGCUACAACUUACACUGAACUUGAUGAUGUCCAAAAUUUUGGCUUAUGAUGGAGAAUGAUUUAAUUUAUAGUGCAAGAUCUCAUGAAAAAUUUUGUUUUAGAGUAUUUGUAGGACUUUUUUUGUACUUGACAAAUUUGAAUGAUUUUGAAAAUUAACUUCAAUGUUAUGAUAUCAAUGUGUCAUUCUUCGUACUUGAUUUUGGAAAUUGAACCAUAUUUUGGACAAAAUAUCACCUUUAAAAUAUCUUAUACUUUUGAUGUUAA